AUGGAGGCGCUGCGGGCGUGGAGGGCCUCCUCCAAUCUCAUCGGCUUCGCGGCCUCCCGCGCCGCCGCUUCAAGGCCCCUCGGGCUCCGCAUCCGCUGCUGCUCCGCGGCCGCCGCCACCACGAACCCGCCGCCGGCGCAGCCUCAGGACCGCCGACGCCGUAGCGCAUCCUCAUCCGCCUCCACCUCCGACCGGGACUCCAUCCGCGCCAUCCGCCUCAAAAAAGUUGAGGAGCUCAGAGCGAAGGGGCAUGAGCCGUACGCGUACAAGUGGGACAGGACUCACACGACCAAGGAGCUUCAGGAACGGUACGCUCAUCUUGUGAAUGGUGAAGUCUGCGAGGACGUGUCGGUGUCCGUUGCUGGCAGGAUUGUUGCCCGAAGAGCAUUUGGGAAGCUUGUUUUUAUGACUGUAAGAGACGAUGCGGGGACCAUGCAGCUUUAUUGCGAGAAAGACAGCCUUACGGAGGACCAAUUUGAGCAACUGAAGGCAUUUAUUGAUAUUGGUGAUAUAUUAGGUGCAAGUGGAUCCAUUAAAAAGACAGAGAAAGGGGAGCUAUCUGUUUAUGUGAAAUUUUUUGAAAUUCUCACAAAAUCCUUACUCCCACUACCAGACAAGUAUCAUGGAUUAACUGAUGUGGACAAACGUUAUCGUCAAAGGUAUGUUGACAUGAUUGCAAAUCCAAAGGUUGCUGAUGUAUUCCGAACUAGGGCAAAGGUGGUUUCUGAGAUCCGCAAGACAAUGGAAUCAUUUGGUUUUAUUGAAGUUGAAACUCCAGUUCUACAGGGAGCAGCAGGUGGUGCUGAAGCUAGACCUUUUAUUACCUACCAUAACUCACUUCAAAGAGAUCUUUACUUGAGGAUUGCAACAGAGCUACAUUUGAAAAGGAUGUUGGUUGGAGGGCUUGAGAAGGUCUAUGAGAUUGGAAGAAUAUUCCGGAAUGAAGGCAUUUCUACUCGCCAUAAUCCUGAAUUUACCACUAUUGAGAUGUAUGAAGCAUAUUCAGACUAUGAAAGCAUGAUGAAUAUGGCUGAAGAAAUUGUUACUCGAUGUGCUAUGGCUACUCAUGGCAAGCUUAAGGUUGAUUAUGAGGGAACUGAAAUCUCGCUUGAAAGACCAUGGAGGAGGGAGACCAUGCAUUCUCUUGUCAAAGAAGCAACUGGAAUUGACUUUAACAGCUUCGGAGACGUUGAAUCUGCAAAAAGAGCUGUGAGGGGGCUGCCAGGUUUCGAAGUAGGAAACAAUGAAAGUACUUCAUUGCAAGCCUGUUCAUCUGUUGGACAUGUUCUCAAUGAGGUUUUUGAGACUUUUGUUGAAUCUACUCUUGUACAACCAACAUUUGUCCUUGACUACCCAGUUGAGAUAUCACCAUUGGCAAAACCACAUCGGAGUCAUGUUGGCCUUACUGAGAGAUUCGAACUUUUCAUUUGUGGCCGUGAGAUUGGCAAUGCGUUUUCUGAGCUCACAGACCCAAUUGAUCAGAGGAACCGUUUUGAAAAUCAAAUAAAACAGCACAAUGCUAAGCGUGCUGCGAUGGCUAAGGAGGUCAAAUCUACUGAAGGUGAAGGAGAUGAUGAUUAUUCCUAUGAAGUUUCUUUAGAUGAAGACUUCUUGACUUCAUUAGAAUACGGAAUGCCACCAGCGUCAGGAAUGGGCCUUGGUAUCGACCGGUUAGUAAUGCUUUUGACAAACUCUUCUAGCAUAAGGGAUGUUAUUGCCUUUCCUGUCUUGAAGAUUCAGCAAUAG